CUUACCUCCGUCCAGUUUUGUUGAACAAUCGAUCGACAGGCCAUGGCUCCGGCUCGAGUUCUUGCAGUCGUGUUGCUCGCGGUCGCCUGGCUCUUGGCCGCGGCCGCUGCUGAUGACGCUGCCACCAGCGCUUCAUCGUCUCCGGCGCCGGUCGGGUGGCUGAAGGCGCACGCCACGUUCUACGGCGGCGCCGACGCCUCCGGCACCAUGGGCGGCGCGUGCGGGUACGGCAACCUGUACUCGCAGGGCUACGGCACGCGGACGGCGGCGCUGAGCACUGCCCUCUUCAACGACGGCGCGUCGUGCGGCCAGUGCUACAAGAUCGCCUGCGACCGCAAGAGGGCGGACCCGGCGUUCUGCAAGCCCGGCGUUACGGUCACCGUCACGGCCACCAACUUCUGCCCACCCAACUACGCGCUGCCCGGCGACAACGGCGGCUGGUGCAACCCGCCGCGGGCGCACUUCGACAUGGCCCAGCCGGCCUGGGAGAAGAUCGGCGUCUACAGCGGCGGUAUCAUCCCCGUCAUGUACAGAAGGGUUCCUUGCGUGAGGCGAGGUGGGGUGCGGUUCACGAUCAACGGGCACGACUACUUCAACCUUGUGCUCAUAGCCAAUGUCGCAGCAGCUGGCUCCAUCAAAUCCAUGGAUGUCAAGAGCUCCGGUUCGGAUAACUGGAUGCCAAUGGCGCGCAACUGGGGUGCCCAAUGGCACUCCCUUGCAUACCUUACGGGGCAAAGUCUCUCGUUUAGGGUCACCGACACCGAUGGACAGACUCUUGAAUUCACGAACGUGGUGCCAAAAGGAUGGAAGUUUGGCCAAACAUUCGCAAGCAAGAUACAGUUCAAGUGAGAGGGUCCAUGUGGGAUUUCCUGCGGUCGAUUUGUGGGAGUAUGAACUACUAAUUGAACAUGGUCAAAAUGCUUGGAGUUGCUUCUACUGUAUAAAAUGUGCAUUACUUGUAUGUGGAUACCUAUUCAGCAUCCAUGGCUUGUAUCUCUCAUUCUUUAUAUAUAUAUAUAUAUAUUCAGCGUUUAAAUUAGCACUCAUGGUUUGUAUAAAGCUGGGUGUCGUGUUGAAUUGUUCAUCUGCUGGCAAAUCACAAGCUUGGCCAAUGAAGGCCAUAGAUCUUGAGAUUAUAAAUCCAAAGUCUAAUUCUUCUCUUUCUAAACACGAAUCCUACGUCCAAGCCUGGCAAACCCAUCGUGCCACGUGUCACCCGUUAACCGUUGGAUCAGCAGUCACUACGAUUGAAGGAACGGGCAGAAUGCUUUCUUUGACAAGAGGAAUGAAUACUGCUGGAGGACUUCCAGACGUCACGAACUAAAAUA